AAUAUUUCUCUACAUCGUGUCAAACUACCAAAAAUCAUCUUGCGAUGUGUUUGUCAGUGCGUUACAAAACAAACAGCAGACUCACCUAUGUUUAUAUAUCUUGUUUUUGUUGUGGUCCGAUAAGAUACAGUAUGAUAGCGUGUCCUUAAUUUCGUGUUAAGUGAAGUGUUUCUUGCGAUAUAUCCGUAAAUUAAGGCAAACAGGCGUUAACAUGGGAUCGGGCCGCUCAGAUGAUGUUACGAGAGUGACACAAGUUGGUAUGAACAGGAAUCCAGUCACUGAUGACAUCGGUGUGAACCAAAGCGCAGACCUCUCCAGAUGCUACCCCCGGGGCCAGCCCGGUUCUGAUAGAACGCCCGAUAACCACAAAAUAUCGAAGAGUGGUCAUCAUGGAAGCACAUUUCUGGAAGAGCGAGACAGUAUGCAGAAGAAGAGGAAACAAAUUGUUGUAUUGCCAUUGGAUGCUGUGGACCUUGACAAAGAAAUUGCAGCAGUAAUGAAAAAUCAGAUCUUGACAGUGACAAAAUUUAUGAAGGUUGGAUUCCUUGGCCGAUGGGAACCAGAAAUUGAGGCCGCUCUUAGCUACAUAAUUUGGAAGCUAUCUGUUGAGAAGAAUCACACUACUUUUGGUAUGCAAUUAUUGGGAACAAGAUUUGCUGGUCAACCUAACAGACAGCGAUUGGUAAUGUUGGCCGUAUUGACUAUCGGCUCACGUUACUUCAAGCAUCGCUGGCCAGAUAUUUCCAGGCAAUGGAAAUUGGGACCUCAGGCUCAGCGAGCAGUAGACUGGAUAGAGACAACAGUGUUGAUUCUGCAGUUCUUAAACUUACUGCUUUUCCUACACCAAGGUCGCUAUCCGACACUCACUUCACGCCUGCUGGGCCUUCAUGUUGAACCUGUUAGGGUGACUCGCAGGGUUGGAUACUCCUUCAUGGUCCGUGAGCUGCUGUGGCAUUCUUUUAGUGAGAUUUUAAACCUUGCACUGCCACUUAUUAACACUAUUACGAUACGCCGAUGGUUUAACUGGCUAAGAAGAAAUCGGGGUACAAGUGGAAGAUAUCAACAGCCAAUUGUCAACCCUGUUUUUACAACAACAACACGGUGUGCUGUUUGUAAUGAGCCUCCUAUUCAGCCACAAUGUAUUGGGUGCACUCACGUUUUCUGCUACUACUGUGUGCAGGCUAAUGUGCUUGCAGACCCACAGUUUGAGUGUCCACUCUGCGGUUUUUGUAGUGAUGGUACUGUCAGAAAUGUUCCACUGUAAUUGUGAUACACAGCAUAAAAUGUACAAAAAUGGAAAUAUUUUCCAAUAAAGCUUUUUCAAGUAUUGUA